AAAGUGCUGGGAUUACAGGCGUGAGCCACCGCGACUGGCCUAGGAGAAGCUUUUCUUUCACUUGCUUUUGCUUUUUAGGACUGGGAGGGCCCACGCCCCACGUGCAGUGACGCAAGGGUGACGCAAGGGCGACGCAAGGGCGACGCACGCCACGGCCGUUUGGAGCCGGAGACUCAAACAUGGCAGCACCACCUUCUCCGGGAAGGACGGCCGACCAGGCAGACCAGGUAUGCACCUUCCUCUUCAAAAAGCCUGGGCGGAAAGGGGCUGCAGGCCUCAGAAAGCGCCCGGCCUGCGACUCCGAGCAUGGAGAGAGCGGCGGCAGCGGGGACGAGGGCGACGCAGUGGCUCGGCCCCCGCGGGUGGCACCGAGGCCCCGGGGCCUCCACAGCUGUCAGAAGGCGGCUCACGGCGACCGGAGGGGCGAGGAGGCAGCGCCUGAGAGCCUCGGCAUAGUGUACAGGUCCACCCGCUCGGCGAAGCCUGUGGGGCCGGAGGACAUGGGGGCCACCGCUGACUUCGAGCGGGACACUGAGAAGGAGCACCAUACGCAGACCAUCUUCAAACGCAGCCAGCGGGUCCAGGAGGCAUUGUGGGGCCGGGAGCACGACCAGAUCUACCGGGGAAUCAACAGCUACCCGAGGUACCUGAAGCCCAGGGACACGUCCAUGGGCAACUCCUUCUCGGGGAUGGCGAGGAAGGGCCCCAUCCGUGCGCCCGGGCACCUGCGCGCCACUGUGCGCUGGGAUUACCAGCCCGACAUCUGCAAGGACUACAAGGAGACCGGUUUCUGCGGCUUCGGGGACAGCUGCAAAUUCCUCCACGACCGUUCCGAUUACAAACACGGGUGGGAGAUUGAACGGGAGCUUGAAGAGGGUCGCUACGGUAUCUGCCAGGAUGAAAACCAUGAAGUAGAAAGCGAGGAAGAGGAAAUACCAUUCAGGUGUUUCCUAUGUCGCCAGGCCUUCCAAAACCCAGUCGUCACCAAGUGCAGGCAUUACUUCUGCGAAAGCUGCGCGCUGGAGCAUUUCCGGGCCACCCCGCGCUGCUACGUCUGUGACCAGUCAACCGGUGGCAUCUUUAACCCCGCCAAAGAACUGAUGGCAAAACUGCAGAAGCUUCGGGUUGCGGAAGGUGGGAGCAAUUCCCAUUUCACAGAAGACCCAGGUGAGGGUCCAAUUCCCAUGGCUUAGGUUUCCCAUAAUUCUCACAUUUAAAAAUAAAUUGUGUUGUUCUUUUAAAAGAACAACAAAAAGAGAUGAGAAAGACUCAAGUCUGUUUGGACGCUGGGGAGAAGCAGCCUGUUGAAUAAGAUGAGAGAGAUGACAGUCCUCCUGCAAUCCCAUGCCUGAGUAUGUAACCAAAAGAAUUGAAAUCCGGAUCUCAGAGGUAUUUGCACUCCCAUGUUCACUGCAGUAUUAUUUGCAAAAGCCAAGAGGUGUAAACAACCCAAGUGUCCAUGGAUGGAUGAAUGGACAAACAAAAUGUGAUACAUACACACAAUGGAAUGCUAUUAAGCCUUAACAGGAAGGAAAUCCUUUUAAAGAUUUAAACGGAUCCUUUUAAGGAUCACAUGCUACAACUUGAAUGAACCUUGAAGACGACACUGUGCUAAGUGCAAAAAAGACAAAUAUACUGUAUGAUUUUUCACUGAGGUAACUAGAGUUGUCAAAAUCACAUAAAAAGAGUCGAAUGGUGAUUGCCCGGGGCUAGAAAGAGCGGGAGUGGGGAGCUGUCGUUUUAAUGGGUACAGAGUUUGAGUUUUGCUAGAUGAAAACUUUAUAAAACUGUUACACAUCAAUAUGUAUAUGGUUAAUAUGAGUGAACACUUAAAAUGGUUAAAGGUACAUUUUAUGUUUUGUACUAUAAUUUUUUUUUUUCAAAAAAGCUAAGAGAUACCAGAGAAGGAAGGAAUGAUGGAACCAAGACUGGGAGGGAGUGGAGAGGAUGGGGUUCAAGAUUUAGCAAAAGAGCAAAUAAAGUAUAUCAGUUAAGAACCAAGGAGGAGAGGAGUUGACAGAAGAAUAUCCACGCUGAAGUUUGGAUUUGAUUUUGUUUGGCUGAUGUUAACAUCCUCUCACUUAAAAUGGCAACAUAUUCCUCUCCCAAGACAAAUACCAACAGAUCCACCCUGAGUUCCUCACAAGGAACUGACACAGAUUAUGUAAAUUUUCAUGAGAGCCUAUCUCAUAUCUCAACUUUGGCUGUGAAUUCCUUGAAGACUGAAACCAUGUCUCACAUAUUUCCUGUUUUUUAAUGGCCAACAGGUAGCUCAAUAAAAAGUUAGUGAAAAGUCAGUCAAACCAAGCUUCCUAGCAGUCGGCUAUCCAAGCACCUGCUGCAGAGCGAACUUCAGCAAAACUUUCCAUUUGAUUUUGAUCUUGAACCACACCCAUCCACCCACCCACCACCAUGGCCAGGUUCCAGGCAAAAGCAGAGCAGUAGUUGAGGGCACAGAUCCAGGAGCGAGACAGGAUUCAAGUCAUGGUUCUACCACUUACAGCUGCAUGACCUUGGGUAUGUUACUUUACUUCUCUGUGCCUCAGUUUCCUCAUACGUAGUAGUAUCUAUCUCACAGGGUUGUUUUGAAGCAAAAACUAACAUAUUUAGAACAGUGCCUGACAUAUAGUAUGUGCUGUAAGCAUAUUGAUUAUUAUAAUUCGAGCAGGGAAAAUGGCAGCUUGAUAGUCGACAAGGCAGACAGUUCAAGUGCCCCAUAAAAGUGAGCCAUUAAUUCUGGCAUUUCACAUAGAGCUUUCUCUAAAAAUUGUCCUUGCCAAAGCUAACAACACAAAGCUUGUGUACAAUGACUUACUGGGCCCUCCCCCUAAGUCCCUCCGUUUUUGUCAGUUCUGUCAAAGGGCUAUUUUAUUCACUUUCAAGCCUUCCAGAAACAUUUGGAACCUGCAUAAAAGAAGAAAUAUGAAACUUUCAGGCACUCCGAAGCAGAAACUCUAAGCUCUGGCUCCAGCAUUUUCCUCGCAAGGCUCACUUGAGUUUCUUUACAAUGCUUCAUGUGUGUUUUAGACUCCCUCAUAGACGAUGGACUCAGCUACACUCGUGAACCUUGUCAAUAAGUGCUCCAAGUCACCAACCUUUUGAAAACAUUCCAAAUACGCACUAAGAUAUAUAGUUCUUAUUCCAUUUUUUAAAUGACAGAAUAAGGUUCAUGAUCGAUCAUUUGCAAAAUUAAGCAGAAAGGCGAUCAUUGGUAAGCAUUGCUGAAUUUGGCAAUUUGGUUUACUAACAGAGUGAGUAAACAAAAGCUGCUAGCAUUUUGGCCGAUUUCCUUCCAGUCUUUUCUCUGUGUAUUUUCCAUAUUAACGUAUGAAAUAAACAUUCUGGAGUUGGAAGGAAAGAAGCAAGCAGGACCGUGUGGGAGCUGAGUCCUUCCCAUCACCACACUCCAAGGUCACAACGCUGGAGCGACCCCUCACAGACUUUUGCUGAAAUAGCGGAGAACAGGGAUGAGGACAAUCUCCCAUCAGCACCACACCACCUUACACAGCACACUGCUGGGGAAGUGAAGAGCAGUGUGGGGCCAGCUGGCUUUCAAAGUUAGCACCGUGGUUACCAGCACUUUAUCCUGUCUGGAUCGGGUCCUACCACAUCACACCCCAACCCCUAUCCUUCCUGUCAAAAGAACACCUCAGCCAGGCUGCAGUUAAGCAACAACUGACUUGACCUUUUUUCUGUUCACUGAAGGCACACCUAAUGGUCAGUAAGUCCUUCUGAAUCAACAUGAGCAACGUGAGAAAAAUCUGGCAAAACCAAACAGUGCUUUGAUGUUUUCAUUAAUUUGCUGG